AUGUUCAGCUUGAGAUCUUUAUUGAAACCUAUUUCAAAUAAUAAUAAAUUAACAACUUUUCGACGUUUAUUGCAUUCAACAAAUAUAGUUCGUAAUGUUACUAUUGAACAAGAGGAAGUUGCUACUCAACGUGCUGAGCGUACCUUAACUCGUUUCUGGAAACGUGCUGGUAUUAAAGAAGAUAAAGAUGGUAUUACUGUGGUUCUCGAUCACCGUAACUUACGUACACCUAGCAAGCAUAUUGUAAAAUUCCCUCUAAAUAAACGACAUUUAGCUUUAUUAACAGCUGCUGAAUGGGAUGCUCAAACAACGAAUCUAAAAGCCCAUAGUUUACCUUUGACUUCUAUUGUUGCACGCUCAAUGGAUGCCUUUGAUCCUGCUCAUUCUGAAGAUCCAAACUUAAAGUCAGCAGUGAUUGAUAAACUUAUGUCUUAUUUUGAUACAGAUUCUGUUUGUUAUUUUGAAAAUUCUCCAGAAUCUUUGACAAAACUUCAAGAUGCUCAUUGGAAGCCAAUUAUUGAAUGGGUAGAAAAGAGGUUUGAUGUGAAGAUCAAUACAACUACAGAUAUCUUUGCACUUUGUCAACCAAAAGAAACAAAGACAAAGUUAAGAGCGAGUGUUGAAGCCAUGGAUCCAUUAGAAUUAGCAGCCUUUGAAAAAGCUGUAAUGAGUGCUAAAAGCUUUUUAAUUGGUCUUGCUCUAGUUAAAAAGGGAAUUUCAGUUGAACAAGCUGCUCAAGCUGCUCAUGUUGAAAUGAAUUCUCAAAUGGAGCGAUGGGGAGAAGUUGAAGAUAGUCAUGAUGUCGAACGUGAAUAUAUUAGACAAACACUUGGAUCAGUGGCAAUAGCUGUUAUGGAUAAAUAUCAAAAUUAA